CAUUGCAUCCCUUUUAUCUCUCACUCCCUUCUCUAUCUAGCUCCAACAUAUUUCUUCUCUCUCUCUGCAUUUUGAUAGUUCUUGUUCGAGUAAGAGAACACCAAUGGCUUGCUUAAAUAUUGUUAAAGCGGAUGACAUUGAGGAAAAUAUAGUAAAGCAACAAGAAAAUUGCACCCUUGAUGGAACUGUUGAUCAUCGUGGUCACCCAGCAGUGCGACGAAGAACUGGUACAUGGAUCGCUGCAAUUCUCAUACUUGUGAACCAAGGACUUGCUACACUGGCAUUUUUUGGGGUGGGUGUCAACUUGGUGUUGUUUCUGACUAGAGUGAUGGGCCAAGAUAAUGCCGCUGCAGCUAACAACGUUAGCAAAUGGACCGGCACCGUCUACAUCUUCUCUCUCCUCGGCGCUUUCCUCAGCGACUCCUACUGGGGACGGUACAAGACCUGUGCCAUCUUUCAGGCCAUCUUUGUCGUUGGCUUGGUAUCACUGUCAUUGUCAUCGUACAUUUUUUUAGUCAAGCCUAGUGGCUGUGGUGAUGAACAAACUCCAUGUGGGUCCCACUCGAGCGUCCACGUCACGUUGUUCUACUUGUCAAUUUACUUGAUUGCCCUUGGGAAUGGGGGGUACCAACCUAAUAUUGCUACAUUUGGGGCAGAUCAGUUUGAUGAGGAUGACCCUAAGGAAGGGCACUCAAAGGUGGCCUUCUUUAGCUACUUCUAUUUGGCCUUAAACCUUGGUUCACUCUUUUCAAACACCAUAUUGGGCUACUUUGAGGAUGAAGGAAUGUGGACACUGGGUUUUUGGGCAUCUACUGGCUCUGCCGUUGUGGCCCUGGUCUUGUUUCUUGUAGGGACCCCUAGGUACAGGCACUUCAUACCUAAAGGAAACCCUCUCUCCAGAUUUUGCCAAGUGGUGGUUGCUGCAGCCAGAAAAUGGAAGGCUGAGAUUCCAUCUAAUGCAGAGGAGCUACAUGAAGUGGAUGGAAAGGCAUUUUCUUAUAAUGGGGGCAGACAAAUACUUCAUACCCAAGGAUUCAAAUUCUUGGAUAGGGCGGCGAUUAUCACAUCAAAGGAGUGCACCUCAGAGGGCAGAGUUCAUAGUCCUUGGCAUGUCUGUCCUGUGACACAAGUGGAAGAAGUGAAAUGCAUACUAAGACUUCUCCCAAUUUGGCUAUGCACAAUACUUUACUCAGUAGUCUUCACUCAAAUGGCCUCCCUCUUCGUGGAACAAGGCGCCGCAAUGAAAACCACCAUCUCAACAUUCCACAUCCCUCCGGCAAGCAUGUCUAGCUUCGAUAUCCUCAGCGUUGCAGCAUUCAUUUUCAUUUACAGGCGGAUUCUCGACCCCCUUGUAGCCAGGCUGAGAAAGAAAGGACUCACCGAGCUUCAAAGAAUGGGAAUCGGACUAGUCAUAGCUAUAAUGGCAAUGGUUGCAGCUGGGACUGUAGAGCAUUUCAGGUUAAAGACUGCACAGAAAGAUUGCAGAAACUGCGAAAACUCGAGCUCGCUGAGCAUCUUUUGGCAAAUCCCACAAUAUGUACUGGUAGGAGCAUCAGAGGUGUUCAUGUAUGUAGGUCAACUGGAGUUCUUUAAUGGGCAGACACCAGAUGGAUUGAAGAGCUUUGGGAGUGCACUUUGCAUGACAUCCAUAUCACUAGGAAACUAUGUCAGUAGUUUGCUAGUGACCAUUGUCAUGAAAAUCUCAACUAAAGAUAAAAUGCCAGGAUGGAUCCCUGGAAAUCUUAACAAGGGUCAUUUGGACAACUUUUAUUUCUUGUUAGCAGCUUUGACAACUGCAGAUUUGAUGGUCUACAUUGUGUGUGCCAAGUGGUAUAAAUAUAUCAAGUUUCAAGGUAAGGGUGGAGACAAUAGUGUCAACCAAGGCAGUGACUUGAGAGUCUAGGAGUAUGAUUUUUAUUUUCCAAGGUGGCCUUCAAACCUCCGACCGCUUUCCUUUCCCUUCUCGCCGAGGAAGUGAAAAACGGAACCUCCGACCAUUUUCCUUUCCCUUCUCGCCGAGGAAGUGAAAAACCGAACCUCUGACCGCUUUCCUUUCCCUUCUCGCCGAGGAAGUGAAAAAGGGAUCCAUCUUUAGUUGGUGGGUGGGGGAGAUCAAAUAAAGGGUAUAAAAGGAUAGUAAUACUUGCAAUGAAGCGAGAGAAAUGCCUUUUUCAUUUCUCUAAGUUGAGCAUGCAAUGGAUACAAUCCUUUUCUUUUUUUAUAUAUAUUUUAUUAUUAUGGUCAAUGCAAUCUAAACUGCAAGUUUUCCUCUAAGGUUUGUAUAGAAAACUCCUUUAGUGAUGUACAUAAAAUUGUCUUUUCUUUUGCAUUCGA